CAUGAGGGGGCCAUCAUCCCGGCGGCUCGAAGGUGGAAAAUGCAGUUAUGUCUCUGUGGCUACAUUUUCAAUGAGCAAGCAGGCUUUUUUGACAGGUACAUAAGUGACUAUUCAACGUGGUUUCGUCUCCUUGUGGGGUUUUUUAUGUAAAUCUCCAGAAUAACUUCCAACAGCAAUCGUCACCUGUUCCUCCCUCCUUACCCUGUCCCUUUUCGCUACGUCACCCUAAAAGGGUCCUCAAAACACAGAUAGGACACGCAUUCAAGCGCGGGCCACCAUGUCCUCCAUCCUUCCCUACCCCCCUGUAGUGAAACGCCUCCUGGGCUGGAAAAAGACUCCAGCAGGGAGUGGAGGAGCAGGAGGAGGAAUUGGAGGAGGAGAACAGAAUGGAGGAGGACAGGAGGAGAAAUGGUGCGAAAAAGCUGUGAAGAGCUUGGUGAAGAAGCUGAAGAAGACAGGGCAGCUGGAUGAGCUAGAGAAAGCCAUCAGCACACAGAACAGCAACACAAAGUGUGUCACCAUACCUAGCAAUUGCUCAGAUCUAUGGGGUCUAGGCUCAGGACACACGAUAGAGCAGUGGGACUCUGCAGGCAUGUAUGGAUACCCUGACCACAGCAGGUCACUGGAUGGGCGUCUUCAAGUGUCCCAUCGUAAGGGCCUGCCUCACGUCAUAUACUGUCGCCUGUGGAGAUGGCCUGACCUUCACAGCCACCACGAGCUGAGGGCCAUUGAAGCUUGCCAGUUUGCCUUCAACCUGAAGAAGGAUGAAGUUUGUGUCAAUCCCUACCAUUACCAGAGAGUGGAAACGCCAGUGCUGCCUCCUGUGUUGGUUCCAAGGCACACAGAGAUUCUGACAGAGCUUCCACCUCUAGAUGAUUUUACAAACUCCAUCCCUGAAAACACCAACUUCCCCGCUGGCAUAGACCCUCCUAAUAACUAUAUACCAGAGACUCCCCCGCCUGGCUACAUCAGUGAAGAUGGAGAAACUAGCGACCAGCAGAUGAAUCAAAGUAUGGAAACAGGCUCACCGGCAGAAAUGUCACCAAGCAGCUUGUCACCUGUCAGUCACAGCCUGGACCUUCAGCCAGUCACCUACAGUGAGCCUGCUUUCUGGUGCUCGAUAGCCUACUAUGAGCUAAACCAGCGGGUUGGAGAAACAUUCCACGCCUCACAGCCAUCCCUGACAGUCGAUGGAUUCACAGACCCCUCCAACUCUGAACGCUUCUGUCUUGGCCUUCUCAGCAAUGUUAACAGGAAUGCAACCGUUGAAAUGACAAGAAGACAUAUAGGUCGCGGUGUGAGAUUGUACUACAUCGGAGGGGAGGUGUUCGCAGAGUGCCUAAGUGACAGUGCCAUCUUUGUUCAGAGUCCCAACUGCAACCAACGAUAUGGCUGGCACCCUGCCACUGUCUGCAAGAUACCACCAGGCUGUAAUCUGAAGAUUUUUAAUAACCAGGAGUUUGCUGCACUGCUGGCCCAGUCAGUCAAUCAGGGGUUUGAGGCAGUCUACCAACUAACCAGGAUGUGCACCAUCAGAAUGAGCUUCGUCAAGGGCUGGGGAGCAGAGUACAGACGUCAGACAGUAACCAGCACUCCUUGUUGGAUUGAACUGCAUCUCAAUGGCCCCCUCCAGUGGUUGGAUAAAGUGCUGACCCAGAUGGGUUCACCGUCAGUGCGCUGCUCCAGUAUGUCCUAAACGGGGUUCAGCUGCAGAUACCUACGCUGAGUCGAACUGACAUUUCACAACAUUUGAUCAGCAUGCCCUUUGGGAGACCACCAUGCAAUCUUCAACUCACGUACUAAAAACAUUAUAAAUACCAAAACAAAUAAAGAAAGGAUUCCACAAUGGAUUUGGAGGAUUGGAGAAUGACAUCAUUGAUUUACAAAAGGGGGAUGGUAAUAGUGGUGUCAUGGUGGUCCAGAUGACCUUGUGCUCUGUUGGACUAAUGUUGACAUUCCAUUAACGAUGGAUGUAAUAAUUGAUAUCACCUUACAAUAUCAAAAAGACAAGAGUGAUGUCAUAGUUGACCAUAUUAGCUAUUUGACUCAGGUUGUGCCCAAGAAAGAAACCUGAGCAUGAUGGAGCUUUGUUUUCCUGUUCAUGUCAAGUGAAUCGCUAUAUUGGGGAUAGCACAUGUGACUUUCUGGUUACAUGACAGUUUCUCCAACCACUUCCCAACCCUUUCACUUUAAUACUUACCCACCACAGCACAACUUUGAUUCUGUUUACACACAGUUCUUCAACAGUAGUACUGCCAUUCACCCAAACUCAGCUCUACGCCUGAAAAUGAUUUCUUUUUGUAUUGCUGACCAAACGUCCAUUCCAGUUUGAUCUAAAAUGUCCACUCUUCCUGUUAAUUCUUACUAAGUACAGUAUUAUCAUGAUCCAUGACCCUAAUUGGACUGACUGCCUUCAGCUCUUAAAGAGGUGACUACUGGAAGUUCAAGUUGAUGUCUCUUAUUCUUACAUCCUCUCUCCACAUGAUCACAUACACACACGUCUACUGAAACACAGACAACCUUUAAGAUUCCUAAAACAAUUAUUUUAAUAUUUUAACAUCUAUGUUUUGACAUAACCACAAAUAGUUUUCUGUGUUUAAAGUCAAUUGGUCACAUGUGAAGGGGGGGGGGUGUUAUUCAGUGUUCAGUGUGGAUCUGAUCUAUAACAAAGAUGUUUUUUCUUCUGUCCAGUUUUAUUUAAAAGUGUGGUCAGUGGCUAACCAACAAAGAUAGCUAAGGAAUUCUCCAUCUCUUGGACUUAUGCACAAUUGCCCCUUAAUUGACAUUUAACUGAUUAGAAGAUGAAGAUGAAACUCCUGCAGUGUGGGACUUCAAAGGAUAGCUUCUACACUUUACUUGCACUGCCCCUAAAUUAUGCACCCUUAAUAUUGUAACAAGAAAGUUGCCUUUGAUAUAAAAUACAGCAAGAUGUGCUUUGAAAUAUACAGAUAAGGAAUGUAUGAACGUCAAAUUAAAGUCAAGACAAUUACACACACACAUAUAUAUAUAUAUAUAUAUAUAUAUAUGAAAUAUCCUUUGUAAAAAAAAAUUGUUCGUAAAUUUUUCUGAUUUUGCUUAUUUUAGGGUAUCGAUUUGAUAUGAAUAAGAUGUCCUGCCCAGUUUGAAAAGUCAGAGUACCUGCUAAGGUAUUUCAAAGUCCAAAUAUUUUCAACUCAAAGUGUUAAAGCUUUAAGUAUUUGAUCAGUUAUACUGCACAACAAUUGUUUUCUUUACAUAUUCUUUUAGCUAACUUUUUGUAUUUUUAUAUAAGAAUAUAUUUCAAAUCGAAUGCUCUCUUCCUUUUUAUUAGAAUUAAAUGUUUUUUUUUUUAUAUUCCCUCUGCUUAAAUUGUCACUGCUUGAUAAAUGUUUAUGAAGUUGGGGAGUCACAUUUUCACUGAAUUAACUGCUGCAAACUGUUAAAGUAAUUCAAAUCAAUCAAGUUGUCUGCUCAAUCACUGAGAGGCCAUUUCACCAUAAUUUUACUCUAUUUUUAAACUCUUGGCUGCUGAAAGUUUCUUAUUUUUUGAUUUUUUUCUUUAAAUGUUACAGUUUUUAAAAAGGUGAUUGCUUGCCUUCCUUUAAUUUUUUUUUUAAAUCUUGGUUGGUGAGGCCAAAAUAAUUAUGACUGUCCCAAAAACUGACUGCAUGUUUUAUUGUAUAUACUGGACAAUGCAAAUCACUCUUAAACUUCAUUACUGAUUUCUGAUUUUUUUUUCUGAAUGGAAAUUCAUUGGUUUGAUUAUAAUAUUAAAAACUUUGGAUUUGGUUCUUGGGGUUUGUAAGUCGCAAAUUGAUAGUUACACAUCGAGUUGCCUGUUUGGAUAAAAAAAAACACUUUUUUUUCAUUAUACCAUAGUCAUAAGUAAAAGGAUGCUGUUUAAAUCACUAAACUCCAACAUUUUUUUAGCUUUUAGGAUCUAGAUCAGUAGCUGAACAAAUAGUUUUACCAUUCAGUACCAAACUAGUUGGUAGCAAUGGAAAUAUGUUUUACAUCAGUAACAGGACAUUCCAGGUUGCAGCGGCUGCCUAUUAAAGCUCUACUGAUGUUUAAUUGUCAAGACUGUAUGAUUCUGUAUGAUAGUUCACUUUUCAUUUACAGUGGGUGUGUGGCAUUUUAUUACAAUUUUAUAUUCUAGUUUAGGCUUCUUACUACACUCAGCGUAUUCCUCAAAUUGAAUUUAAAUUUUCUGUUUUAUUACUCAAUACUGGAACAUUUCUGGUAAGGUACACAGCAUUUUUUUGAUACAUUUUAUUAAAUCCAAUAGUGGAUGAGAAAACCCAUCCAGAAAUCCUUAUUUUUAAUUAUAUAUUGUCACUCAGCAUCCUGCAAAAAACAAAACAAGGUUGUGUUGUUCAGUCCUCAGACCAAACUGGAAAGUUUCAGAUCCAUGAUGAAGCAAAGAAUGAACCUGCACGACAUCUGCUGCUGUUGUCACCAUUGCAAAUGUUCACCAUUACCUUUAAGAAAAUCAAUUUCUUCCUCCAACAUUUGCAGGGAUCAAAUAUAAAAGUAAUCUUUUGUGACUAGACCAGCAAGCUGCAAAGCUUUUCAUCUGUUGGUGUACGUAUCUGUCUGUCCUGUCUUAUUGAUGGUCAGUCUGUUUUCCAUUCUUCAAUGAAUAAAGUUGACAGGACUCUGAUGACCCAGUGCACAUGCUACAAUUAAAUUGUGGUGUUUCCCUUAUGGCUUGUUGUAACAUUGAUCACACACACAUGCUAUGCAGUGAUAUUGCUUUGUUAAGACUGUAUAUGAGGAAAAUAAUCUCAGAAGUAUUUUGUGAAUUUUCUGAUAGCCUGACAAACGGUCUCAUGCCCAAUGUCCGACAAAGCUUUUGUAUUUACUUUUUUUUAAUGAAUGCCAGCCAACAGACCCUUAAACAACCAGCUAGUCUCACCUUAUUCAGUUUGCAUUUCCAUGUAGGCCUCACCUUACACUUUGAGGGUUCACAUUCCUAUCUACAGAUUAGAUCACAUUUUAUUUUAUUGUAAUGACUAUUGUGUAUCUCUAAAUAAGCCUCUUUUGAUGAAUUCCUAGGAGGCUGACUUUGGAGACAGUGAACUUUCAACCUGUCACAAGUGAAGUUAUUGUGUAGUUGUACUUUUAUUUUACCAAACACUGCUCUUUGUUCCUGCAACCAACAGUGCAUAUUCCAUUAGACAAAAAGCUAUUAGGAAUUCUGUCUUCUUCAAACACUGAUGUGACAUAGGCUUUUCAACUAUUUCACAUAGACAUUUCUUACAGUGUACACUAAUAAAGCUGUUUAAAUUCAA